AUGUCUUUGGGCCCUAACGUCAAAUGUCUUGCCUAUCACGGCCCUCUUCUUUACGAGGCCAAGGUUCUCAAAGUAUACUCGCCAAAGACCAAGAAAAUUACCACCAAGGACGGCGAGAAACCGUUAGGCAACACCGUGAUUCCUCAACAAUUACAGAAUGCAACCGGUUAUUUCAUCCAUUACAAAGGGUGGAAGGCCAGUUGGGACGAGUGGGUCGGUGACGAUAGGGUGUUGGAACUCAACCAGGAAAACGUCCAACUUCAAAAACAUUUGAAAGAUUCGGUAUUGGCAUCGACAAAAGCCGUGGCCAAUAAUAAUGACAAUGUUAAAGAAACUGGGAAACCUGAUGGGAAAUCAGAUGAAACAGAACAUAAAGGUGGACGGAGGAAACGAGGGUACGAAGAGAUUGAAAAGCCUGAAGAUUAUCACAAGAAACCCGAAAUCUAUUUUGCAAUGUCCGGGACCCUCAAGGCGUUACUUGUCAACGACUGGGAAUAUGUCACCAAGAACCACCAGUUGGUGCCAUUACCUCGUACCCCAUGCGUGGUACAGAUCCUCAAGGAUUUCAAGAAUCAUUAUACCCAAACCAACAAGAAGAAGCUCACCAGUGUCGACAAGGAUAUCUUGGACGAGGUGUUAAGUGGACUAAGGCUUUAUUUCGACAACGCGUUGGGGCAUAUUCUUCUAUACCGGUUUGAAAGACAGCAAUAUAAGGAAAUCAUACACGAUAAGCAGUACGAGGAUAAGGACCCUAGUGAGAUCUAUGGGGCCGAGCACCUUCUUAGGCUUUUCAGUUGUCUUCCAGGACUCAUUGCCCAGACCAGUAUGGACCAGCAAAGUACGGGGAUUCUAAAGAACCAUUUGGAGGCGUUCAUUGAGUAUUUGGCUGAUAAUAAAGAAACGUUGUUUAUUGAGAAUUAUGAGAAUACCUCGCCGUCUUACGAUGCGAUGUCUCGUGCGUGA